AUGGAGAACUUCCUCCUUGACAACUAUGUUGACAUCUCAAAUAUUCUGGAUGUGAAAAGUGUACUACCUUAUCUGAUUCAAAAGCGUGCCUUGACAAUUUCUGACAAGGAGAGAAUUCUACACAAGGUUGAAGAGAUAGAUAAAGCAGGUGAACUUUUGGAUACUCUUUUAAGGAAUGGGAAAUGCACACCCGACAUCUUUAUAGAUGCUCUGAGGCAGACAGAUCAGACUACACUUAUAGAUAUGUUAGGUCCGGAUCCUCGAUACAAAAAGAGAACAGCUGUUGAACAGAAUGUUCCUGCAAGAAGACCCAUGGCCCCACAGAAACUUGAAGCUGUAAAAGUGACAGAUUACAGUAUAACACUACAAUGGACACCAGCUGAGGAGCCUCUUGUGGGAUACUUGGUAGAGAAAAGGUUAUCUUCUGCAGGGAAAUAUGAUCAUUGGAAGUGUGCACAUGAUGGACUUUCAGUCAUAAGCAAAAACAACAAACCACAGCUCACAGUUCCCUGCUUUACAUAUGAAGAAUACGACUUUCGUGUUAGGGCAAUGAAUGAUGUUGAUGAUCAACCUGUCUACAGUGAGCCAACAGUACUCCGAAGAGUGGUGGCUAAACUACCAGACGGUUCAGAGAUCCGAAUAAUGGUUGACCUGAAACAAUCAAGCAGAAGACACUUCAAGAAAGGAGAGGAUCUCUUGAAGACAUACCCAGACAUACCCAAAGCGCCUUUCAACAACCCAAUGAUCCUAUUAAAGACAAAGGAAGAUGGGAGCGUAAUUUUAGUCUUUUCCUGUAAUGACCUGGAUAGUGUGAUUGAGCUGUGGGAGAUUUACCAUCAGGGGGAAGUGCACCAGGUAAUGAAAAGGCUCUUCAUGUCAGAAGAUCUCCAUGCACAUGGUGUAACCCCUGAUGACCUUGUCAUAACCAUCAAUCCUGAAGACUUCAUUGCCAGCUGCAGACAUCUUCUGCUGACACAUCCUACUGACAAAGGAUUCAGGGUAGUGAGGAUGGGGUCUGAUCAUUCCACAGCAGAUGAUGAUAUGCUACUGCAGCAAGAAGCACUAAAAUCACUGGGAGAUUUGUACCUCAAGAAUGGAAUGGAAACAUCCAACCUGUCACAGUUACACAAAGCAACACCAAUCUACAAAAGGGCCCUUAACACAUGUAUCAAGGUACAAAAUGUAGAUGGGAUUGUGACACUACUUCAUCGGAUCAAGUACACAGAAAAGAUGAAGGAAGAAAUGAGAAAGGGUUAUUUGGCACUACAGAAAUCUGACCUGGACUCAGCAGAGCAGCACUUUGCAUCUGCACUCAAGUUGGUACACAUCAGAGAUCCCAGAGCCCAGCAGUACAAGAGAGAGGUGGAGCCCCUGUGCAAGUUGGGGGAUGUCUACAGUAAGCGAGGUCAGCAGACAGGAGAUGGGGGAAACUUUGUCAAAGCAGCAGCACUCUACAAUGCAGCAGUAGCCAGGUCAGAGGAUCAAGUCCUAAAUGGCAACAUAGAAAGAGCUAUCACAGAAGUAGAGAAGUCAUUUCUCCAUUGUGUCUUAAAUACUCAUAGUCAUCUGAGUCAAGAUAACAAAGAAAGACAUAAGAAACAGCUGAAGGAGAUGCGGGACCAGGUCAAGCUGGAGAUGGAAACCAUUGACCAGCAGCUGGAUCCCUAUGUACAUGAUGAGGAUGACCCAUGUGUCAGAGAGAUAGAGGCAAAACGAGCUCAGGCUGUCAGGCAGUUGUUUGAGAAAAUUGCACAAAUAAGGAAGGAGUUCAUUAGCCUGCUUGUAGAAGAGUGUCUUGGGUUAAUGGGUCCUCCUCCCUGUAAGUAUGCCCUGAUAGGUUUGGGUUCACAAUCCACAGGAAUGGUCACUCCAUACUCAGACCUGCAGUUUGUCAUCUUGGUAGAGGAGGAAAGUGAGGAAUGUCUUGUGUAUUUCCGCAACCUCACCCACUAUCUACACCUCAAGGUGGUCAACCUGGGAGAAACCAUUCUCCCAGCACUAGGAAUAAAAUCUCUCAAUGACUUUUACUCCGAUAACCCACAUGAUAACUGGUACUAUGACUCUGUUACACCUCGUGGGUUGGCAUUUGAUGGCUCCGUACCAUGGGCAAGCAAAACUCCACUGGGCAGGCAGGGAAGUUGGAAAGAACCACCCAGGGAACUUAUCUGCACCCCAGAAAACAUGGCUUCAAAACUACAGGGGGAUGCUGCAUUUUACCUUCAGGAAAGAUAUCACCUUGCCACUAUCUUUAGAAACCCAUGCCUGAUAGCAGGGGACCAGGAUUUGAUUGACAUGUACAUGGGCAUCACAGGGAAGAUACUGCAAGCUGAUGGAGGUAAAAUGGCUCAACAACUGGCACAGGUGACAAUGAGGGAAUAUGGUAGAAGCUACAAUGAUCAAGAAAUGGUAGCUAGACUGAUUGAUGUCAAGAAAGAAAUCUACCGCUUCCCAGCUGUAGCAGUAGACUGCCUGGCACUUUCUUCAGGCAUUGUACCUACCACAAUUUGGGAGACAAUAGAAGAAAUGGAAAUCCAACAAGUGAUCAGUCCCAACAAUGCACAUCACCUGACAGUGCUUACCAGCAUCUCAGCAGAACUCAGGCUCAGAACAUACAUUGCAAAUGGUGGACAGAAGGAAAAUCUGGCAGCUUUGGCCUCAAUGAAAACAAUGCUAAAUGCACAGGAAUCAUCCCUUCAAAUGAUUCCUGUACAUGAUGAAGUAUCAUCAAAUGCAUUGAAGCCAGUUUUCAACCUACCAAAUGAUAAGCAGCUUUUUAGGUACUAUUACACAGCAGUUCCCCUAAAAAGGGUUUUGAACGAAUGGGCAGAAGAGAGGGCAGAAGAGAGGCCAGUUGCUGAUCUAUAUGACAGUGCUCCAAGAGUAAAAGGAAUCCUAUACUCUGAGCUAUGUAAAUACAGACUAGCUAUCAGGUGUUAUGCUGAGGCCCUUAAGGAAGUUAAGGAUAGCAAUAAUGAUAAAAUGACCUUGUUGAGAUAUCUUGGGGAUGCUUGUCUCAGUGUGGGUGAUUACGAAAAGGCAAUCAGCCUUCAUGAACAGGCACUGCAGAUGUACAGGAGUAUCUAUGGUCAGACUAAAGCACAUCCUGACAUUGCUACUUCACUCAGCAAUGUAGGACUAGCCUGGGGUCAACUUGGUGAUUACAGACGGGCAAUCAGCUACUAUGAACAGGCACUGCAGAUGUACAAGAGUAUAUAUGGUCAAAGUUCACCACAUCCUGACAUUGCCACUUCACUUAGCAAACUAGGACUAGCCUGGGGCAAUCUGAGUGAUUAUAGAAAAGCUAUAUUCUUCUAUGAGCAGGCAUUGGAGAUGUAUAGAGGUAUCUUUGGUACAGUACAUUCUGAUAUUGCAAAUUUACUCAACAAUCUGGGGUCAGCCUGGCACAUUCUCAGUGAUUACAGAAAAGCUAUCAGAUACUAUGAGAAGGCACUGCAGAUGUAUAGAAGUAUCUAUGGUGAGAGUACAGAACAUCCCAACAUUACAUCCUUACUCAACAACAUAGGGUCAGCCUGGCACAAGUUGGGUGAACAAAGAAAGGCAAUCAGCUAUAUUGAACAGGCACUGCAGAUGAACAGGAGUAUCUAUGGUCCAACUACACCACAUCCUAACAUUGCCAUAUCACUCAUAAAUCUAGGACAAGCCUGGUAUCAUCUCGGUCAUUACAGAAAUGCAAUAAGCUACUUUGAACAGGCACUGCAGAUGUGCAUGAGUAUCUAUGGUCUACGUACACCACAUUCUGUCAUUGCUACAUCACUCAGUAAUCUAGGACAAGCCUGGUGUCAUCUGGCUGAUUACAGAAAGGCAAUCAGCUACUUUGAACAGGCACUGCAGAUGUGCAGGAGUAUAUAUGGUCAAAUGACAGCACACCCUGACAUUGCUGUGUCACUGAAUAAUCUGUCAACAGCUUGGCUCCACCUUGGUGAUUACAAAAAAGCAAUAAGUCUCUGCCAAGAAGCUUUGACUAUGGCAAACCAGAUUUACCUUCCUGAUAAAACUCACCCCAUCAUGAAGCAAAUUGAAAGGAACAUUGCCCUGAUGAGCACAGUAAAAGAAUCUACAGAAUAA